UUGUGGCAAACGGUAAGGUUAGCCGAAAAUGAAACUGACACGCUGUUUACUUGUGGUGGCUGUGGUUGCGUUCGAAAUUGCGGUUAUUUACGGUUCUAGCGGAGUGGAAGUCAACGAAUAUAGCAACUCCACAAGGGUUCUGACGCGUCGAAAGCGGUAUUUAAUUUUUCGGGAUAUUUCCAGGGGCUUCGCUCGAUGUAACGUCAAAGAUAGAGCGGUAGAUUCAACAAAUAUCUGGGCUCAAGGCGUUGGAUAUCGUUGGAAUGUUGAAUUCACCAAUCCGCCGGGACUAAGAAUCACUAAACGGGAUCUACAUAAUAGUAUCAGCGAAAUGAUCCAAUCACACGGAUUUGAUGGACGGGCGUGCAUUUUGAGAACUUUUUGUGAAAUAUCGAAAGCCGUCACACCUAAAAGUGGAAUGUUGUUUAAACUGUUCAAAAAAAUUUUCACCGACUCUGACGCUAGUUCCACUGGUUCUAACAGUUUACCGGAGGGUGAUGAGUUGUAUUUUCCAUACUUAAAAUCAACCGACUGUCAGGAGCUGGACCAACAUUGUCCGAUCUCACAUCUAGCGUUACCCGAAGGCAGUGAAGUGCGAUAACAUAUUUCCGCAGAGGACACAAUGAACUUCAAUGGCGAUGCCACAGACGAUUUCGUACUUUCAUGCCUUGACAACGGUUACAAUUCUACUCUGUAUGGCUGUUUUCUAUGAAAAUAUAUGUUUACU